GUUCGUGGUGUUCGUGUCGCCAUUGUCGUUUCGCAGAGUGUUAGAAAAUUGUGUGAAAAAUUGAAAUCAAUUUUUUGUGAACAAAAAAGUGUAAAAGUGCAAGUGCAAAGGGGGUAGAAAGUGCAUUUUACAUGAGAUUUACAAAUGUAAAUUUAAUGUUUCUCGUGCGAAAAUCGUAAAGAAUAAGAAAAAGGACUAAAAACCUGUCGUGAACAGGCUACUCAAAACCGCCAAUAGGAAAGAGGCAAAAUUGUCGUUUCGUCUUUCCAAGGCACCGUAAGAGUGCAGGCGAAGUGUUUCUUAAAAAAAAAUACCAACACUAAAUUAUAAUAUUGGUCAACAUAACGUCAAAUAUCCCAUGAGCCAACGUCGCCUUUGUAUCGGCAAAUAAACCGAUACCAGCUGUACAUGUAUAUAUAUCCAAUUGAGUCUAAAUUCGCUUUUAAAACCUUACAAAAUAAAAAAAGCCAAUUGUGAUUGGUCGCUGUUUAACAAUCUUCGUAAGCUACCGCAAGAACUGCUUUAGCAAAAGCACUCGGAAGGAAAUACCAUUAGCUUGUAUUGGUUUAUUGUUUUCAACUGUUUUGCUUCAACUUAAAAUCGGAAGAAGAACUAGAAACGCUAUUUGAGACACUGCCAUAAUUUAAGAGUAUCGGACACAGUGUAGCAAAAGUAGCGACGUUUUGGCGUGCGCUCGAAUUCCUGUGGUAAACAGGUCACUUGGAAUGUUAGAUGCGGUGAACGCAACAAUUACAGUGUGUCGAUCGUGUGGAAAAAAACAGCAAAGAACAGUGGAGAAAGGGAAAUACCUGGAUUAUGGCGAAUUUAAAUUUUCAACAACCUCCGAGAAGUUUAGCAAACACCUCAAUGGCGGGGCGAACUACAGGUGGAUUUGGUGGUAGUUCACUGUCCGGUCAUGUAACACCUACGUCUGGCAUGUUCCCCACGGGCGGUGCAAAUUACGGACAAACGCAACAACCUCAACUCUCACCGAAUCGCAAUGCACAAUUGUCUGUGGGCGGUCCGGCGUUAUCGAGAGGUGGUCGCGCGAAUAUUUUUGGUCAACAAACAUUCGAACGACGAGCUAUGCAGGCGUUAGGUGGUGGCCCUAUGUCGAAUAUGGGCAGUUUUAUGCAAUCCGGACGCGGUGGCUACGGUACUGGAGGAGGUGCAAGUGGUUUUCCCACGGUUUUUGGUGGCAGUGGAGAUACGGCAACGCCCGCGCUGCUCGAUCCAACGGAAUUUCCAUCGUUGACGAAUGUGCGUGGCCAAAACGAUCAAUCACUGCCUCAGACGAAUCCCCUCCAGCCACCGGGAAGCAAACCUUAUGGUAAUUUCUUUACCUCUUUCGGCAUGGUCAAACAACCAACGUCGGAACAAUCGGAAUUCACCAUGUCUAAUGAAGAUUUCCCUGCGUUACCGGGCACUCAAAUCUCCGACGGUACAACGAAUUCGGGCAUCACGGAAAACAAUUUGGACGGCACGGAAAAGACGAUGAACUCAAUUGUGGGCGGCAGUGGGUUAGGUGCCGUUGGGAGUGGCGUUGGCGUUAGCGGUAGUAGUGGUGGCGGCAGUAGUGGUAGAGGCAUCGACCAUCAACACGAUAAUUCCAGCAAUGAUAAACUUGUGAAAAGCGGAGUGCAAACCUCACCUGAUGGCAAGGUCACAAACAUCCCAGCGAGUAUGGUGAAUAACCAAUUUGGCAUGGUGGGUCUGCUUACAUUCAUACGGGCGGCGGAGUCGGAUCCAAAUUUAGUGACGUUAGCGUUAGGAAAUGAUCUUACCGGUCUCGGUCUGAAUUUGAAUUCACAGGAAAGUUUACAUCCUACCUUCGCUGGACCGUUUGCGGAUCAUCCCUGCAGAGUACAAGACGUUGAAUGCAACGUGCCAACCGAAUAUCUGAUCAAUUAUGCGAUAAAGGAUAAACUGUCCGCACCGUUACUGAAUAAGCUGCAAGAAGAUCUGCUCUUUUUCUUGUUCUACACGAAUAUCGGCGACAUUUGGCAAAUGAUGGCCGCUGCGGAACUUUAUGGCCGCGAUUGGAGAUUUCACAUAGAAGAGAAAAUAUGGAUUACUCGAAUUCCUGGUAAUAAUCAAGGAAAAUUUUACUACUUCGAUGCGCAAAGUUGGAAACGCAUGUCCAAAGAUUUCCAAAUCGAUGCCGAAAAAUUAGAUAAAUGUCCCAAUAUAUCUGCGUUAGUGAACAUGAAUGGACAGUCUGUAUAAUAUUAAUAAAAUAUACAAAACAAAAAACAUGAAAAAAUCUAAAAAAAAAAUCUUUUUUUGAAAAUAAGGUAAAAAUCAUGAUGAAAAAUAAAAGAAAAUAUUAAGAACUUUGAGUUAA